UUCCAUAAUUUUAGAAUAUGUUCUGUUUGCAGAUUUCACUUUUUCUCCAUGGAUGCAUAUUGGGAUACUUGUGCUAAUGCCUCAUCCUACUGGUGAUUAAUACCUACCUACUCAACAUGCUAUAGUGCAUAACCUCAUAUGUUGUAUUUUAAAUGACUAAAUAGUAUAAUUAAAACUUUGACUGGCCCUGUAUUCAGUCCAUUUAGUUUUUAGUAAAAGUUGUGAAACUUUUGGCUUCUUAGCCAUCAAGUAAUGUUUCAUCUUUCCCUUCUCUUUCUCUUUUUGCAAAGGGCCCAUGUGUAGCUUUGAACAAGCCCUGAAUUGUGUUUUGUAUAUUUGCUUGUUUCCAAAAUAAAAGAUACCACAAAAGCAGGUAAUAAUGAUUAAAUACGUGGAAGAAAAUUUGUAAAAUUACCAAAUUAUAAUAAAAUGGAAAACAUUAAACACUGGUAACCUCCCAUAUUCUGGGACUCCUCUAUCUUACUUUCCAAUAAAGAUCCUCCAAAAGGAAAAAAAACCUAGAGGAAAAAUGGUUUUCGUGUUUGUUAUGACAAACCCCAUUCAAGCUGGUAGCUUAAGUAGUUUCAAAUAGAAUCUCAAAUCAUUUGUGUUUCCAAAGGUGAACUCAUGCAGAGCUUAUUUGUUAAAGGAUGUAACAUUUUAGCAUAAACCAGAGAUUUCCAGUUCAAUGAAUUUAUUUAUUUGUGUGCAUUUGUUUGUGGCUAAAUCACUGCAGGGACUCGUCUUUCACCCUCGGGAACAAAGUUUUCCAUCAGUCCAUUUCCGGGGUGGCUUUUUUUGUUUAAUUUUUUUUAGAAUUGCAGAGGAGUGAAAGGCAUGCCGCAUCUAGACAGGCUGCCAGAUUGAUAUUAAGGCACUGAAGUAACUUCUAUCCAAAUGUUGCAUAUUGGUAACUUGUUUUUAUCUCAGGAACUGAUUUUUGCAUGCUGAUUUGUAAAUGCAGCCAUGGAUGUUUGUGACUCAUCUCCUGUUCUUGGAAAUGUUCCCCACAGCUUAACCACAAAACCAAGUGUCCCUUAGAAAAGAUAAAGACUAGUUCCAUUAGUUCAUGUUUAGAGACUCAUAUGGUAACCAUGAGGGCGAAGCUGGUUCUCAUUAAUCUGUGUCUACUGGGGUGUUUUCUGCAUUUCCUGCCUGCGGAUGUCACGGCUUCAGAGUUUGAGAUGGAUGGUGAUUUUGUGAUUGGUGGACUUUUUGAUAUCCAUCAUGUUAGCGGAACGCCUUUUCGUGAUGGACCAGAAACCGUCACCUGUGCAAGUCAACCCUUCAUUCUGUCGAGCUAUCGGAGGUUUCAGCUGAUGAGAUUCUCUGUAGAGGAAAUCAAUAAUUCCACCAACCUGCUGCCAAACGUAACGCUGGGCUAUAACAUAUUUGAUCACUGCUCAGACACACAGAAUUUUCCUGGUAUUCUCAGCCUAAUCUCUGUUAAUGGUUCCCUAAAACCUUGGAUAAAUGUAAGCAAGACAUUUUCUAAAAUGAUUGCAGUGGUUGGCACUUACACGAGCACAGAUACUCUGACUAUAGCCCCGCUCUUCAUGAUGAAUCUCAUUCCUAUGGUCAGUUACGGGGCUGCUAGCUCUGUCUUCUCAAAUAAAAUGAGUUUUCCGUCCUUCUUGCGAACGGUCCACCCGAAUAAAGAUGUCAUCAAUGUGGUUUUUAACAUUUUGCAAAAGUUCAGCUGGCAUUGGGUUUCCUUCCUGUACAGCAAUGAUGCUUAUGGAAAAGACGGCAUGGACUUGUUUGUGAACAAGAUCAAGGAUUCGAAGAUCUGCUUGGCUUACACCAAAGGUCUCACUGUAGACACGGAUUACCCUCAAGUGCUCAGACAGCUUGAUGAACAGAAUGUUAAUGUCAUCAUUGUUUUUGCGCCUGAAUGGACUGCUGAAGCUCUUGUUAGCGCUGCCAUAGUACAAAAUAUCACCAACAAGGUGUGGAUCGCGGGAGAUGCCUGGUCUUUAAACAAACAGCUUCCCAAGGAAAAGGGAAUCCAGAAUGUCGGAACCGUGCUUGGUGUUGCUCAGCCGGUAAUGACGAUACCAGGUUUCAUCGAUUUCCUUCGUUCAUUCGAAACCCAGUCCCAAAACAAAAAUGCAAAGCAGGAGAUGUUUUGUAAUCAGAAUUGCGGUUGCAACAACAUAAGCGCCGAAGACAUCAUCCAAGCAGAUCCCUCUUUCAAUUUCCCUGUUUACUCGGCUGUGUACGCCAUCGCCCACGCCUUACACAACGUCCUGCAAUGUGACGACAGCAGCUGUAACAGAAAUAUAUCUGUGCCCCCAUAUGUAGUUCUGUCAGCAUUGUGGAAAAGCAACUUUGGACUUUUGAAUCAGACUGUUGAGUUUGAUGAGAACGGUGACCCGCAGUUUGGAACCUACUCGGUAGUUUUUUGGAACCGUAGCGGUGAUGCCGAGGAGGUCGGAUCGUAUAAUUUUAACUCGCAGCAGUUCUACAUCAACAGCACUAAAAUCCAGUGGCACGGAGAGGGAGAAGUGCCUUUGUCAUUUUGCUCCCUAGAAUGUCCCAGUGGAUAUAUAAAAGUCCAAGAAGGAAUCCAAAAAUGCUGCUUUAGUUGUACAAUUUGUCCAAAUGGAACUUAUGUCAAUGCUACAGAGGAUCCCUACAAGUGCAUCACAUGUAAGGAGACCGAGUGGUCUGCAGAAGGAAGUACAUCCUGCAACCAGCGGCUGGUGGAGUUCGUACCAUUCACAGAUGGCGGAGCCAUAGUGAUCGUGUUUGGCGUUUGGACCCUAGUGGGACUGAAUCUCGCCAUGUCUGUUCUCUUUGCUGUCAACUACAACACACCUGUCGUUAAAUCCGCUGGAGGACCGAUGUGCUUCCUGAUUUUAGUUUGCCUCAGUCUGUGUGGUGUUAGUGUGUUCUUUUACUUUGAUAAACCCACAACGGCUUAUUGCAUUUUACGAUUCUUACCAUUUCUGUUGUUCUUCACCGUGUGUCUGGCAUGCUUUGUUGUGCGCUCUUUUCAGAUUGUUUGCAUCUUCAAAAUAGCCGCCAAGCUUCCUAAACUUCUCAGCUGGUGGACGAAAUAUAACGGACAAUGGUUGAUCAUCGCUGUGGCUUUUGCCACUCAGGCAGUUUUACUGACUAUUGGCUUUUCUAUUGCCCCCCAAAGACCACUCAAUGACACGGUUUCAAAUUCUGAAGCAAUCAUCCUUGGGUGUGACAACAUUCUCAAAAGUGUAACCGCCCCUGUGAUUCUACUUUCAUCGCUCUGCAUUCUUUGCUUUAUUUUCUCCUACAUGGGAAAAGACCUCCCUAAAAAUUACAACGAAGCCAAAGCGAUAACGUUCUGCCUCCUGCUGCUGAUCCUCACGUGGAUCACCCUUGCCACUGCGAGUAUACUUUACCAUGGAGUAUACAUCUACACAUUUAUGGCCCUGGCUGUUCUCUCCAGCCUGUACUCUUUCCUGUUGUGGUAUUUCCUCCCAAAAUGUUACAUCAUCAUUUUUCAACCUGAGAAAAACACACAGCAGCACUUCCAAGGUCUCAUUCAGAACUAUACCAAAGCAGCUGGCCAGUAAAUGUCUAAAUAUGUCUGCUGUAUACAAAAGAGUGCAUCGGUUUAUGUGGUGAUAGUUUCGUUAACCAACAGAUUGUAUGGUUCUGUGUUGGUUAAGACUAGUUUUCUUGUAUAUCUUCUUUUAUGGCAGUCUUUUUAAUUAGACAAUACGAAAUUUGAUUUGUUUAGUUGUUCUUUGUGAAGCACUUUGUAACGCGAGUUUCUUUCUGUGAUAAGUGAUGUAUAAAUAAACUUUACAUACUAUAUGUUUUAGUGUACAGCCGUUUGGCACUGCCUCCACUGGAAGAUUGUCUGUGAAUAAAUAAAUGAAAGGAAAACAGGUCUGUAACAUAAAAAGUUUAGUUUUAACCACAUUAAUAAAUCUUUGGACAAUUUUCACGAGAAUUAUGUUUUUCUGAACAUUAAAUGUAUACAUAACUUAUUAUGUGACACAUUUGUGUUUCCCAAAUUAAUCCUAAUCUGUCAGUCAUUUUUUCUUGAAAGAGCAAGGAAUGCACACAUUUGUUAUGCACUAUACAGAAAACCAGAUCUCCCCUUUGGGUUCAAAUAUCUGCCUGAAUUUGGCCAAUUUGUCAAUAUUGUUUGUGUAACCAUCAUGCUUUCUCUUUCUUGGCAAGGAACAGAGGUGUGGACUUGAGUCACAUGACUUGGACUCGAGUCAGACUCGAGUCAUUAUUUUAAUGACUUCUGAUUUGACGAUAAAAUCUAUAAAGACUUACAACUUGACUCUGACCUAAACGCCAAUGACUAGCAACUUGAAUCGACUUGCAUCUGUUGACUUGAUGAUGACUUGAGCAUAUUUGAUAUUUUAGCACAAAAGUGGCACGACAUGGACAAAAAUCAUAAAUCGUUCUUGGUUCUGGGUUUGAUCUUGUUCUGCUAAAUGCAGCAGCAGCACUUUGUUUAUGAUCAGUUUCAGUCGCACCUCCUGCUUGUUUGAGCAAAUAAAUGAAGCUUUAAGAAGAAUUAUUUCUGGAAUUUAUUUAUUAUCAUUGUCAUUAAAUUAAAAUUGGACAGAUGACUUGAUUAUGACUUGAAAAUUCAAAGUUAAGGACUUGGACUUGGUUAUCUUUGACUGGGACUUGACUUGAGACUUGACUGGAAAGACUUGUGACUUACUCGUGACUUGCAGAGCAGUGACUUGGCCACACCUCUGGCAAGGAAACAUAAGCUUUUGUUUUUAAGCCUUUAUGUAUUUAUC